AUGGGCAUAUCACCAAAGCCUCGUCAGUCGCAAUAUUGGUCAAAGAAUGAUCUGCACGAGGCACCAUUCUUCCCGAAGCAUAUGCCUCGAGAUCGGUUUGACCAGAUCUCCACCUGCCUACAUCUGUCCGAUAACGAUUUUCAGGAUGGCUCAAACAGGCUAUGGAAGCUCGGCCGUAUAGUCGAGCUUUUGCAAAACAAUUGUAAGGAGGCAUACAUACCACCACAGUGGAUAACCGUAGAUGAAAGCCUGUGGAAAUUUCGGGGCCGUUUGGGUUUUGUAACAUACAACCCAACGAAGAGAGCAAGGUUUGGGCUAAAGAUAUAUAAGCUCUCUGUAUCCUCUGGCCCAACAUGCGGGUACACCUGUGCCUUCAAAUUUUAUACAGUCCAGGACCGAGGGGUUUUACCAGCUUCUCAUAAAGCCGUCGCCGACCUAAUGGAGUCGGCAGAAGUUCUAAAUAAAGGAUACACUCUAUUUGUUGAUAACUGGUACUCGUCACCAACUCUUUUCCACUGGCUUCAGGGGAGAAAGACCAAUGCCUGUGGAACCGUAAGACCAAACAGGAAAUGGAUGCCAAAGAACUUCGAGAAGUUGAAGAUGAACGAGGUGGCGGUUAGAAGUACCCCAACGGGCAUGAUGUGCCUAAAGUGGAUUGACAAAAAGCCCAUCCAUCUGCUAUCCACUGUGCAUACAUCCGAACUGGUAGAAACCGAGAGGGUAAACAGGCAUGGCCAACAGGUUAUGAAACCACAAGCCAUCAUUGACUAUAAUGAUGGCAUGAAAGGUUUCGAUGUUGGCGACCAGUUGGCAGCCUCCUAUCCAGCUGUUAGGAGAAGCAUAAAGUAG